GAGAUCAAUCACUCUAAUCUAAAAUCUAAAAUUGAUCGAAUUCUAUCCCAAUUUCUAUCCCUAAUUGGGCACAUCAAAGUCAUUGAACCAAACGCAGUCGUAUCACGGGGAUUCAGUCAAUUUGCCAUCCCGGUGAAGCUUUGGGAGAAAUCCCACAUGAACUCUAGACCAAAAAUCACCAGAAAUAAUCAGAACCAGAGAUUGAAUUGAACACAAUCAGAAGAAGAAAUUAUCGAGACUGAGUGCUGUAAAUAAUGUCGUGGCUGCGAUCGGCGGUGAACAAGGCGGUGGAGGUGGGGAACAAGAACAACAUAACCCGUACAGUGAAGAACUUCUCCGACACCGUCGUUCAACACGCCGGCCAAGCUGUCGCUGAAGGCGCCAAGCUCUUCCAAGAUCGCAUUGGUAGUCGUAGUUUUAAAAGCUUCAAGCAGACUGUAAAAAGGUUGGAAGAGGCUUCUGUUUCAUGCAGGGGACGUGAGAGAGCUGAGUUGAUCAGAAGAUGGUUAGCUGUUCUAAAAGAAAUUGAAAAAUCUUCUGGUGUUACAUUUGAAGACAGAGGUACGAACAAUGAGAAGCAUCAACUUCUUGACGAGCCAAAGAGCCCGAGAAGACAGUCAAUGGUGUUGUACUAUGAUUCAGAUAUGGGUGGUGAGCCAUUGACUUUUCGUGAUGUUUUUCUGUACAGUCAGGCUUUGGAGGGAAUAUCCAUAUGUAUGAUUCUCGAAGCCCCAAACGAAGAUGAAGUUUCUUUGCUCCUCGAGCUGUUUGGUGUCUGUCUCAUGGGAGGAAAAGCAGUGCAUAAUGCAAUAGUGAGCAGCAUUCAGGAUCUUGCAAAAGCUUUUUCCAGCUACCAAGAGGAAGUACUGGUGAAGAGAGAAGAAUUGCUUCAGUUUGCUGAAGGAGCUAUCACGGGGUUGAAAGUUAAUGCGGAAAUUCAAAGAAUUGAUGCAGAAGUUUCAACACUGAAGAAACAACUUGAAUUAAGGGCAUCACAAGAUCAUGUUACUGAUGGUCAUGAGGCAAACAUUAUACAGAGCAAUGCUCCAACAAUAGAGGCUCUUAAAGAGGCACUUGCUCAUAUCAGAGUUUGUUCCAGAUUAGAAGGGCUGCUUCUGAAAAAGAAAGCUCUUAAAUAUGGAGACACAGCUGAAAUUCAUUUGCAAAAGGUUGAUAAGUUGAAAGUCUUAUCGGAAUCUCUGGCAAGCUCCUCCUCGAAAGCUGAGAAGCGCAUCUCUGAUAACAGGCUUCAGAAAGAAGAUGCAUUAAAGUUCCGCGUGAGCAAAUCCAGUGAAAUUAGUGACGUAGAAAAGGAUCUAGCAGCUGAGAUUUCUGGGCUUCAGAAACAGAAAGAGGAACUUGAAGCUCAAUUGAAAAAGGUAAAUACCUCCUUGUCUGCUGCUCAAGCUCGUCUUCACAAUGCAACGGAAGAGAGGGAUCAGUUCUUUGAAGCUAAUGAUCAAAUUGUUGCCCAUUUGAAAACUAAGGAGGACGAGCUAACAAAAUCAAUUGAUUCAUGUCGAGCAGAAGUUGAUGUUCUUGGCACGUGGAUCAAUUUCUUGGAAGAUACUUGGUCUCUUCAUUGUUCAUAUGUCGAGACUAAGGAAAAGGAAACAAUUGUCGAACUGGAGAAACAUGAAGGUUACUUCACAGACUUGGUUAUACAGCUGCUAUCUUCUUAUGAGAAACAACUGAGACCUUCUAUUGAUCGCAUUGAAAAGUACGUGAAGAACUUAAAGAGCUUAAGUGAAGGGUUAGCACUGACUUCUGAAGUGGAAAUUGUUGAUUCCGAAUUGUUGAACCCAAGGAGCAAUCUUGAGGAGGAAUACUUGGAUUAUGAAGCUAAGAUAAUAACAACUUUCAGCGUAGUGGACAACAUGAGAGAGCAAUUCUAUACCCAACAAGGAAAAAUCUCCAGUAAAGAGAAUCAGAAGGUCAAAGAGCUAUUCGACAAUAUCGAGAAGCUAAGAGCAGAAUUCGAAUCCAUCGAGAGACCAACUUUAGAAAUGGAGAAUCCCUCUAAAGAGAUAGAGUCGUCUUCCGGUGAAAAGUCACAGGACAGUGUUACAAAUUCCUCCACGGAACAAUCAGAAAAGAAACUUAUCGCUGGGAAAGUUGACGACCCUAAGCCAAUCACAAUUAAGUCGGAGCAGAUGCUGGACCCCGAAGCAGAAUUGGCAAAACUGGAGUCGGAAUUCGGUAACAUAAAUCAGGAUUACUCUACGGAAGAAAUUGGUGGGUGGGAAUUCGACGAGCUCGAGAGGGAGUUAAGAUCUGAUGAUUCUCCGAAAAAAUAGAUUUGAAGCAAUUAUUCAAGAUUGAAUGAUGUGUGGGUUUCUCACGAACAAUUACCGGUUUGUAGAAUUUAAGUUAUGAUUUUGAGCUCCUCGAGUGUAUUUUUGUCGUAGGAGUUCAUUGUAAUGUAUUUCGUUUUUCAACUUAAUUUGUUGUUGAGUAAAUUCUCUAAACUUAGGUGGUACUGUCUAUGCUACAAACACAUGUAAAAUUAGAGUUGAUGUGUGGACUGGAUUCAGCAUGUAUCAAAGAUGUGAAUUGUCUUGUGAAACACAUUUAA